AUGCCCCCGAAGGCCGCACAGGCUACGCUCAAUCAUCAUGCCGAGGACGACGACGAUGACCAUUCCGACCAUGCCGACUCAGUCGAGGGGGGCGGCGCCGGCGGGAAGGACAAGUCCGCCACCCAGGCUCGGAAAGCCCAGAACAGGAUCGCGCAGCGCGAGUUCAGGCAGCGGAAGCAGCAGUAUAUAAGGGAUCUGGAGGCCAGGGUCGAGGUGCUCUCGGGCGACAAGGAGGAGAGGAUUGAGCUGGUCAUGCUGUUGGUGAAGAAUCUAUUGAAGGAGAAUAAGGAAUUGAGGGGGAUGAUCAAGGGUAUGGCGGGGUUUGUGGGUGAAGGACUUGGUUCUUGUUUGCCCCGCCUGGGCCUCUCUGCGCCCCAGCUCGACGCCAUCCUCAAUCGUGCCGACACGGAUACGGCGUACGAAGCCUUCGUCAAGCUCCGCGCCAGUCGCGAGCUGGAAGAAGCCAACCCCGGCAUCCCAUUCGGCGAGAUCCGGCGCAAAUCCAUGUCCAAGCGGAAACGCGAGUCACCUGCCGAAGGAGGAUCCAGCUUGGCCGGCGGAGCCAGAGCGACCGGUUCCGCCCAGGCCGAGUCGCACCAGAACACCCCGGAACCCAAGAUUGCCAAGCUCUCUUCCUCCCGGCCGACUCAGAUGGACACUGAUAAUUACGCCGACACGUACAGCUAUCUCUUCCCCAAUUCGGACGGACCCAACCCGGACUGGUCUCGCUAUUCUGCUGGUCCGCAGCAGCAGAACGUGGACCCCAGCCUUCAGCCCUUCCCCGGAUCGCCGCUCGGUCCCAUCCGCGAUUCGCAGAUGCAGCAGUACAACGCGUACACCCAGGAACAACAGGCGCAGGCGGCACGAGGCAUGUUUCCACUCGGCGGAUCCAUGUACUCGCCCCAGAUGCCCAUGUGGGGCCCGUUCGGCGCCAUGUCAGGCGAUCUGAGCGGGUUUGGGCUCACUCUCCCGCCACAGCCCGGACAGGCUGUCCCGCAGUCAAUGGCCUCUAUGGCGGGACCGUCCGGUAUGGGUAACGGCGCUAAUUACCCCUCGAAUCCUCUGAUGGGAUUGUCGCAACCGCCAGGAGGGCGAAACACCUCGAGUGCGCAGCCUGAUCUUUCGGCUCGGGACCAACAGAGGCUCAAGGUCGCUGUCACAAUGAUGGUGCAAUCCAAGGGGGUGACGGAUGGCCCGGCAAUGUCGGCAGAUGAGAUUGAGGAGAGGAUGCGCGUCCAGAGGCAGGUCAUCGAAAGUUUCAAGGAGGACGAUGGGUUGAGGAAGCGGAUAGAGCCAAUGCAGCUUAUCGCGUACCAUAUCAACAACUUCCGUGUCAAUCACGCCUACGUCUUGCCAGCCUCGAUGCGACCUACCGCCGUCCAGCGGACUAUACCGCACGAGCAUGCCAUUGACGGCGUACCCUUCCCUUCCAUCAGAGAUAGGAUGAUCCUCCUCCGUGGGCGGUAUGACCUCAUCGAGGCAUAUCAGGGGCUUCUUCUAGAGAUGGUAUUGCGAGCGGAUGACCCGCUUGAUCAUCGGAACUGGGAGUUCUCCGAGAAGUGGCUUCAUGAUUUCCCGAUACUGGCGGACGAAGAGGUCUACACGAUAUCGAACAGGUGGAGGGCGGAGAGAGGGGAGCCACCACUUCUGAGGCCGGAACAAAGGGCUUAA